AUGAUCAGCAGAGACAGAGAGCAACUCAAAGAUCUCUCUGUUAGGGUUUUCUCUGUUCUCCUUUUCUUCAGCUUCUUCAGCUUACCUCUGCCCCGAAUUGCGGGACAGGACACGGCAAGCUAUGAUCUCGCCACCGAGCUCGUCUUGAGCCGCUAUUCCAAUCUCACCCCUGUCUUCAAAGACGAACUUCAGAGUAAAUUUAGCUUCUGCAUCGUCGACAUAGACGAGGACUGGGAUGGGGCUUUCAAUUUCUCAAAAGACUCAAGGUUCAUUUCCAACUGCGCUAAGAAAAUGGAAGGUGGAUCAAUUGGAGAGGUUUUGGGCCGAUUGUGCACAGCUGCAGAAAUCAAUCUGUAUUCUGAAGGUUUAUUGCACUCCGGGAAAACCAGUUACUUGAAACCGAACAAGAACUGCAAUCUGUCAUCGUGGGUUUCUGGAUGUGAGCCUGGGUGGGCGUGUGGUUCUUCUGAGAAAGUUGACCCAAAAAAUCGAUCCUAUGUGCCUGUCAGAAGUAAUGACUGUGCACCUUGUUGUGAGGGUUUCUUCUGCCCUCAUGGCCUUACUUGCAUGCUCCCUUGCCCGAAAGGUGCUUACUGCCCAUUUGCAAAACUCAAUAAUGAAACUGGUACAUGCGAGCCAUACAGUUAUCAGCUACCUCCUGGGAAGCAAAACCAUACUUGUGGAGGAGCAGAUAAGUGGGCUGAUUUCUCGAGUAGUAAAGAGGUAUUCUGUUCGGGUGGAUCAUAUUGUCCGUCUACCAUCCAAAAAAUUCCUUGCAGUAGUGGACAUUAUUGCAGGCAAGGUUCCACAUCUCAGGAACAGUGUUUCCGGAUGGCGACUUGUAAGUCACAAUCAGAAAAUCAAAAUAUUACUGCAUACGGUAUCCUGCUUUUUGCUGGAUUAAUUUUCAUCCUUCUCAUUAUAUAUAAUUGUUCUGACCAAGUUCUUGCCACCCGAGAGAAAAGACAAGCAAAAUCCAGGGAAAAAGCAGUUCAAAGUGUAAGAGAAACUGCACAAGCACGUGAAAAAUGGAAAUCUGCAAAAGACAUUGCUAAGAAGCAUGCAGUUGGACUGUCAUCACAGUUUUCACGUACAUUUUCUCGCCGAAAAUCUACCAGGCAUUCGGACCAGCUGAAAGGACUGGGACAAGCUAAACCUGGAACAGAUGCUGCCUUGCCACCUAUGCCACCCAAUGAGCAAUCAGCUGGAACAUCUAAAGGAAAGAAUAAAGACAAAAGCAGCCUCACACAAAUGAUACAUGCAAUUGAGGAAGAUCCAAAUAGUCAUGAAGGUUUCAAUCUAGAGAUAGGAGAUAAAAAUAUUAAAAAGCAAACAGCAAAAGCACCAAAAGGUAAGCAGUUGCAUACUCAGAGUCAAAUUUUCAAGUAUGCAUAUGGUCAAAUUGAAAAGGAAAAGGCAUUACAAGAGCAGAAUGCAAACUUAACCUUCUCUGGGGUUAUAGAAAUGGCUGGUGAUACUGAAAUCAGUAAGAGGCCUCCCAUUGAGGUUGCUUUUAAAGAUCUAACCCUCACAUUGAAAGGAAAAAACAAACAUCUUAUGAGGUGCGUGACUGGGAAAAUAUCACCUGGGAGGGUUUCAGCUGUCAUGGGUCCAUCUGGAGCUGGAAAAACAACAUUUCUUUCUGCUUUGGCUGGAAAAAUUAGGGGAUGCACCAUGAGCGGUAUGAUACUUGUAAAUGGAAAGAUGGAAUCCAUCCACUCAUACAAGAAAAUCAUUGGCUUUGUGCCACAAGAUGAUAUUGUGCAUGGAAAUUUGACAGUAGAAGAAAAUCUCUGGUUCAGCGCAAGAUGCAGACUCUCUGCUGCUCUGCCUAAACCAGAAAAGGUCUUAGUCGUUGAAAGAGUUAUUGAGGCCUUGGGCCUGCAGGCAGUGCGGGAUUCCCUGGUUGGAACGGUGGAGAGGCGAGGAAUCUCUGGAGGUCAAAGAAAGCGAGUAAAUGUUGGGCUGGAAAUGGUCAUGGAACCAUCACUUCUAAUUUUAGAUGAACCCACAUCAGGUUUGGAUAGUUCAUCUUCUAAUUUGUUGCUGAGAGCUCUUAGACGUGAGGCUCUUGAAGGAGUUAACAUUUGCAUGGUUGUCCACCAACCUAGCUACACAUUGUUCAAGAUGUUUGAUGAUUUGAUCCUUCUGGCUAAAGGUGGACUUACGGUGUAUCAUGGAUCCGUGAAGAAAGUUGAAGAGUACUUUGCUACCCUUGGGAUUACUGUCCCAGAGCGUGUCAACCCUCCAGACUAUUUCAUUGACAUUUUGGAAGGCAUAGUAAAACCAAGCACAAGCUCUGGGGUGACCUAUAAGCAACUACCUGUUAGAUGGAUGCUUCACAAUGGGUACCCAGUUCCUAUGGACAUGCUCCAGAGUUCUGAUGGAAUGGCUGCAUCUGCAGGCGAAAAUUCAGCUCAUGGAGGAAGUACUCCAAAUGCUGGAUCUGAUGGACAGUCCUUUGCUGGAGACUUUUGGCAGGAUGUCAAGUGUCAUGUUGAGGUGAAUAAGGACACUUUACAGCAUAACUUCUUGAAGUCAAGCGACUUAUCUGAGCGGAUUACCCCUGGCGUGUUCCAGCAAUAUAGAUACUUCCUUGGGAGGGGUGGUAAGCAGCGGUUACGAGAAGCUAGGACCCAAGCUGUAGAUUUUCUGAUUUUAUUGAUUGCCGGAGUCUGCUUAGGAACACUUGCCAAAGUGAGUGAUGAAACCUUUGGUGCAAUUGGUUAUACAUACACCGUCAUAGCAGUUUCUCUCCUGUGCAAGAUUGCAGCUUUGAGAACAUUUGGACUGGAUAAAUUGCACUACUGGAGAGAGAGCUCUUCUGGCAUGAGUAGCUUGGCUUACUUUCUGUCGAGGGAUACAAUUGAUCAUUUCAAUACAAUCAUUAAGCCUCUAGUGUAUCUCUCAAUGUUCUAUUUCUUCAACAACCCAAGAUCAUCCGUCAUAGAUAAUUUCAUCGUUUUGCUUUGUCUGGUUUACUGCGUGACUGGUAUAGCUUACGCCCUGGCUAUCUACCUGGCACCUGGUCCAGCCCAACUGUGGUCGGUACUUCUUCCAGUUGUUUUGACUCUAAUAGCAAACUAUAAUGAGAACAAAUUUGUUUCAAGAAUAGCUGAUUUGUGCUACACUAAGUGGGCUUUGGAAGCUUUUGUCAUAGCUAAAUGCUAA